AUGGCGUCGCCUGUGUCAACACCCUCAGCAGCGGGGUCUCCUGCUCCCAUCUCUCUCGCGCCCGCCCCCCAAACACUCGCAAUGAAACACGCGAAUGCAAAUAUUAAUACAUCGAAUAUGCCUGCCCUUGCUUCAACCUCAGCACUCCCAACUCCUCCCAUUAUAACGAGCAAAGAAUGGAUCAUCCCGCCACGUCCGAAGCCUGGACGGAAGCCCGCCACGGAUACCCCUCCAACGAAGCGGAAGGCGCAGAAUCGAGCUGCACAACGGGCCUUUCGAGAGAGACGAGCUGCUCGAGUCGGGGAAUUAGAAGAGCUACUUGAGGAGACAAAAGAGGAACAACAAAAACGCGAGGGGGACCUCAAGGCAAAGGUUUCACGACUGGAAGCCGACCUGGGACGGUUCAACAGCGAGCUUCAAUCGUGGAAAUUCCGAUGUGAGACUCUGGAUCGCAUUGCAGAUUACGAGAGGAGGGAGAAAGAAGCGGCUCUAGCUGAACUAUCAUAUAUUCGCAACGGUGCUCGAACGACAGGCACGGAUGCCGUCCCUCUACCUCCACGCCGUCCCCGACACACUCAGCAGAAAGCACCAGACAUUCAUCAGCCUAGCCAGUAUAGUUCUCCUAUUGCCCCGGAGGAUACCUCAAUUGGCUGUGGAAACUGCACAUCGACAAGCCGCUGUGCUUGCGUCGAGGAGGCUAUCGUUAUCUCCUCAGGAUGUGGACGGUGUAGCGCCAACACCCAUUGCGAGUGCCUGGAAGAAACAAUAAACUCCACCGAGGUCAGUUUACCUGCACCUGCGGACUUGAAGCGAUCACACUCGCCAGCAAUCGACGAUCCAGCCGAGAAGCGUCAGCGUCAGUCGGAGCCGUCAACACCGCUUGAGAUUGACUUCACAUCAUUCUUCUCCGCGAAACGCACUUCACAGCAAACCGACCUAUCUCAUCAAUCAACCAUCCACUCAAUACGCCCCCUAGCGGAGUCCUGUGGGUUCUGCGAAGAAGGUACAUAUUGUGUGUGUGCAGAAGCUGCUGCCGCGGCAUCCGCAGCGCUGGAGCAAGAACAUGAGAACCGACUCCCCCCUCUCCUAAAUGAAGUUACACCUCCUCCAUCAGACAGCGAUGCCGAAGGAAGAGGUCCCAAGCUUCCAUCCUUCCAGUCUAUCCAAAUGCAGCGAACAGUUGCUGGGGCGGCACCGGCCAACUCAUGUGUCAAUGGCCCAGGAACUUGCCAGCAAUGUCAAUCUGAUCCAAAGUCUGGCCUAUUCUGCCGGUCACUUGCUGCCAUGCGCUCGUCAUCAACACCAGGCUCUGCAUCCGGUAUUCCUGAUGGAUGUUGUGGUGGAGCUGGUAAGAGUGGCGGAUGCUGCAAGUCCCUCCCUGCAGCAGCACCGUCUGAACCAUCUCAACCCCCUCCGCUACUAUCCUGCGCGGAUACUUACAAGACGCUCUCUACGCAUAAGAACUUUGAUCAAGCCAGCGAUGAAUUGAGCACUUGGCUUGGGAAACUUCACGCCGCGCCUCAUGACCAUCCUGGCCGAGCUCCAAUGGAAGUCGAGGCAGCGAGUGUUAUGGGUGUAUUGAAACUCUUUGAUAGACGCUUUGGCCGAGGAUGA